CUUCCUGUCUACCCGGUCAUGUCCUCGACCUGCACGGCUAGUGGGCGGAGCUGGGAGAGUGGAGGGCAGCCGCGAUGUCGUCGGGGUCGGAGCUGGAGCGCAGGGCGCCGAAGGAGGUGUUCGGCUACACCUCGGACGAGAAGCUCCGGCAGCGGCAGCUGCGGGAGCUGCGGCGCCGCUGGCUGAAGGACCAGGAGCUGAGCCCGCGCGAACCGGUCCUGCCCCCGCGCAAGCUCGGGCUGGUGGAAGGCUUCUGGGAGCGCUUUUUGCAGCCCGGGGGGUUCUGGAGGAAGCAGGUAUUCAAAACGUACCGUGCUGGGUCAUUCACUCUAUUUCGUCUACUUAUCCCUGCUUGGAUUAGCCACUACUAUGUCAAAUAUCAUCUUAUGAGAAAACCUCAUGGUGUUGUGGAAUUAAAGCCACAGAUAUUCCCAGGUGACACAGUUCUGGAAACCGGUGAGGUCAUUCCCCCGUUGGAAAUCCCACACAGUCAUCAUUAAGAGGCUCAAAGACUCUGGAACCCUUCUUUCUUUCUUUCUAUAAAAUGCCAUUCCUAGCUGGGAAAAUAUUUAAUUAAACAAUAAAGAUCACUUUAAGAUUA